GAGGCCCUCCCGCAGCAGCGCCCGGCCCGCAGGCCGCACGGGGCUAAAGGGCACCGCAGCGAGAUGGGGCUACCCGGCUUCGUCCUCUCGGCGGCCGCGGGGGGCGGUGACAGGGCGCGGGGGACACUGGGGACACUCCUCCGCUGAGGGAGGCGGUUGCCGUCCUCGUCCCGCCUCUCUGUGUCACGCACCGCCCGCACUGCGUGGCCUCCGCCCGGCGCCAGUGUGGAUUAAAGACCAGGCCCAGAAAUGAGGAAGGUUUUGUUUGUGGAGCCUGUGAUUUUCAUCUAUGUGUUUGCCUCUUCCCUGACCAGCCCGCUGGUGCAGCAGUUCAUCUAUCGGCAGCUCUGGGAGGAAGAGUACAAUUCCACUUUUGUGAGCAAUAGCAGUAUCAGUCACUGUGAGCAGAAUAAAAGUAGCCCGGCUUAUAUCAAGCAGAAGGUAGUUCAAGAAAAAGUCUCUCUUUUUAAUAUGCUGUUAGACUUAACUGGGGCAGUUCCGAGCCUUACAGUUGCCUUUGUCAUUGUAGCUAAUGGGGAUCGCCAGGGACGCAAAAGGUCAUUAGUUUUACCAUCAGUGGGAACUUUGGUUGCUAAUACUUGUCUCGCUGUAAUAUCAUAUUUUUCCUUGUCACUCUCCGUCCUAUUUGCGGUUGCAUUUAUUAGUGGGCUGUUUGGGAGUAUAGCAACUUUCCUUGGAGGAGGCUUUGCUUAUAUAGCAGAUGUGUGUAAGGAUGAGAAGCAGAAAACAACACGAAUAGCUGUGGUGGAUUUGAUUUUUGGAAUUGUGUCUGGAUUGGCAGGACUGUCAUCUGGCUAUAUUCUAAGAGGAAUAGGCUUUACAUGGACAUUUGUGACAGCAUCUCUGCUUCAUGUUGUUAAUAUUAUCUAUAUCAUAUUUUUUCUGGAAGAAACAGUAGAUGUAUCUGAAUUCCAGCGUGAGGCACCAGGAUCCUGUAAAGAACUUCUUAAAGAGACAUUUUCUGGAGUGUACAUGCUUUUUAAAACUGCCCCUUAUAAGAAGAGAAUUUUAAUAAUUGUGUUGCUUUUUACAUUUAUGAUGUACUUGUUUACUGCGACCGGUGGGAGUGCACUUUUUACACUGUAUGAACUAGAUGAGCCGCUCUGCUGGGAUGAAGUAUACAUUGGAUAUGGAGCAGCUGCCUCCACUUCUAUCUCUCUGACUAGUUUUCUUGGUGUUUACUUAUUUUCUAAAUGUCUCAAAGACAUUUAUAUUGUCUUUAUCGGGAUAUUUUCUUACAUUGGAGGAAUGGUCAUGGCUGCCUUUGCCAGAACUACCCUGCUCAUGUUUUUAGUAAGAGUACCAUCUUUGCUCUGCUUUAUGCCUAUUCCUGUUCUCCGAGCCAUGCUGUCAAAAGUGGUUCUCACUGGUGAACAGGGUGCUGUGUUUGCUUGUAUUGCCUGUUUAGAAGUUGUGGUCGGCACUAUUGCACUUUCAGUUUUUAAUAUUCUCUAUGCAGCUACUGUUGCAUGGUUUUCAGGCUUUAGCUUCCUUCUGUCAGCAGGCCUUUGUCUAAUUCCACUGGCUGCCUUAUGCUGGCUUCUGUGCACAAGCUGGAAUGAAGAGGACUUGGCUCUGCUUGUAUCUGAAGAAGUAUCCAGCAUAGAAAGCAUUGAUAGUUGAACAAAGGAUUCAUCUACUUGCGUUUUCUAAUCUGACAUGCAGUGGUAGAGACCAUUAUGUCGUUCAGAGACCACAGAGAGAACAUAACAGUUGCAGAUGCAAUCUCAAAGUGGCCCUGCAGCAACAAGCACUAAAUAGGUAGCACUCUAUAUCCAGUCUCUUUUUAGCACUUUCAUAAAGCUAGCUCUUACACUUAACUAGGCAAAUAGGCUGGCAAUGGAGAUUUUAAUGCUGCUUUCAACUUGAAUUAAAAAAAAAAAAUAAGGUAGGAUGAUACUCUUUGCACUUACACUUUCUCAAGUUUGAGAAUGUCAGCUGUGGAUUGUGAUACAUCUUGUAUUAUUUUAAGUGGGGUGACAGAGAUAAGCUUAUCAACUCCCUACAACUACAUGAAAGUAAGGAUGGAGAGAGGAGAUUGAGCUAACAGCCUCAAGCUGUGCCAGAGGAAGUUUAGAUUGGAUAUCAGGAAAAAUUUCUUCACUAAGAAAGUGAUCAGGUAUGGAACAGGCUGCCCAAGAAUAUGGUGGAAUCACUGUCCCUGGAAGUGCUCAAAAAACAGGCAAAUGAGGCCCCUAAUGAUAUGGCAUUCCUGGGGUAAAGGUUGGACUUGAUGAUUUUAAAGGUCUUUUCCAACCUGGUUGAUUCUGUGGAAAAUUCAUAAGGGGAUGGCAAUUCUGCCGCUGCCAGCGGAGGUCAUGCCAGCUGAGGAUGUGGUCCACUGUGUACAUCCUAAUAGGCCUGUUUUAAUGGUGAAGGCCCCAAACCUAUCUAAAAUGACUCAACUAAACAGCAUUUUUUUUAGAAAGCAACCCAGCUGGAGGCAGUACUUGCACCUGCUGUAUGUAGACUCACUGCUCUGCAGUUAGCAGAGUGUCUGUGCAAGUUUAAUGUAGGAUGUGGGGACCUUGCCUGUGACUUAGUUCUUAAAAUGGAUUUUCACACAGACAUGUCAUACUUAUUUCCAGCUUGCAAAGUGUGAAGUUAGGCCCAUGCCUACAAUUUGCAGAGGCCAUAUUGCACAUUUAUUUUUAUAGUUUUCUAUUUAUUAAGGUCUGGAUACAGAGACCUAUUUUUUGUCCCAUAGAUACUUCUUGUUUUCUAGUUAAUUGGCUCCACUUGGCUUAAAUGUUUCUUCUACUGAAAAGGUGUAAUAGCAUUUCUUUGCAGUAGGUCUUUAUUUUUUUACCAACCCUGAAAUGAGGUGACCAAAUCUGAAUCAUACAUCUAAUCAUCUUGCAAUGAAUGCAGCGUAAUUUAUGAGCACUUAACAGCGUUUCACCUUCAAAGAACUUUAUAAAUGCUAUUAAGAAUCUCCUUCCACAAUAGAUAUUAUCCUCCCUGUUACAGAGAAAGAGAAAUUAAGAGAGGACAAGUGACUUGCCUGAGGCCACACUGCAAACUGGUAAGGCUGCCAAACCUAGGAAUUGGUUUCUGCAUUGACUCUUCACCUUUUUGCUUGAGAUCUUUAAGUAGAAAUUAUCCAGAGUAUUAGCUUCUGGAACAUACAGCAGAAGUGUAAAUAAAACACCAUCUUAAGGACCA